UUCUUUCUUCGAAGAAUAAUUUCAUCCUCUUCUUCUCCAAAGCUUCUUCUCAAAUCCAGAAAACAUGAGUUUCUUCUUCUUCGGAGAAUUCAAUUUCAUCGAAGAAAUCAUGGGGUUUUUCGUUUUCCUGAACUUCUAAGUAGAUUUCAAGCGUUCAUCGAUCUCAUCGUUCAUCGAUCUCAUCGUUCAUCAGUCUCGAUUGGAUACCUUCAUCAAUCUCAUCGUUCAUCAGUCUCGAUUUGAUUUUUUUCUAAUCGUUCGUAAGGUAUUCUACAUACCAUUGUCUUUCAUCGUGCGCUUGGUCUUAUCUGCCCUAAAGAUAUUGAUUUGGAGCUUUUUGAGAUCACUUACGUACAAUGCAGUGAAAUAGAAGUGGAAAAUAAAAUUGAUGAAAAGAUUGAGCAAUUCAUAAACUGGAUUGAGAAACACCCAAACAAGAAGAGUCAGGUCUAAAUUCUACAGAUGGAAAAUCUCUUUGCUCCACCUCCUCUUGGUCCAGAAUUAGCAAGUGGGAAGUGGAAAGUUCAUGUUAGAGAUUUACAUGGGAAUAUUACAGAAGAAAAUGUCUCAGGAAAGCAAGUGUGGAGAAUAUCAAGAGAAUGAGAAUAGUGGAAACAUAAAGCUUGCUAGUGCUCUUGAAGUUCUUCUUGAAGCUUGCAGAGACAUUCAAUUCCAUGAGAAUGAGAAUGAGAAUGGAGGAAACAUAAACCAUGCUACUGCUAUUAACAACGUUCUGCAUCAAGUAUAUCAAGUGACAAGGCAAGAUGAAGUGUGUAUUACAGAAGCAACAAUUUAAGAACUAUGGAGAGCUAAAGACGAAGAUAAAUUUGUGAUGAAGACAAAUUUAUAUACACAUCACUUAUAUUCUAUGAUAUUGUUUCUCUGACAUUUAAAUUCUAUGUAAAAACAUUUUUUUUUAUUAAUUGAGAUUUUAUACAGAUUAUCAUUUGAAAUUGUA